AUGGAAUCUCUUGCUGCUACGCUGAUCAGUGAAGAGAUUAUUGAAUUUAUCAGUGAUGAUUAUGUACAAAUGAUCGAUAUUUAUAGUUAUACUGUGGAUUCAUGGAGUCAAGAAUUACUCUGCUGUAUUACACAUCUUAUUGGUCUGAUUUGUUCAUGUUAUUGUUGGGGUAGUGGAAUAAAGCGCAAUAUAAAGAAGCUUGUUCUUGGCGAAGAAACAUUGUGUAUUCAUGUACUAGAUCUUAUUCGUAUUGUCAGCCAUCAGCCUUUCUAUGAACGUAUUACUUCAAAAUGGAUCAAUAAUGAAACAAUUCUCAUAGAUUACAUUUUAUCAUCUAUCAUGGGCUUAUUGCAAACAGAAAAUUUGAGCUCCUUUAUUCGUUCAGAAACAACUUUUCCAAUGACACUUUUGACAUUGGCUCAUUCAGCGAAGUUCGAUCGAAUACAUAUUUGUGCCUAUGGUUUACUAGCAGAACUUCUCUCAGACGAACAAUUGAAAGAGCUCAAAAUUACUGAGAAUCUGAGUGACUUUUUCUUUACCAUUCUUGAAAAUGCAUGGAAAAAUCCAUCGCAACGAUACAGACGAAUACCAAUUGCUUUGUUACUUCGAGGCUUUCUGAAUCUAACAAAGAAUGAUAUCGUUCAAACUUCAACGGCUAACUCGAAUAAGACGUCGCUUCUGAUUGAAAUGUCCGACAACUAUCCUAUUGUAUUCGAUAUUCUCUGGUCUCUUUCAUUUCAUUCAUCAAUCCGAGAGCAACUGCGAUCAAAUCAACCAUUUAUGGCUAAAUUAGCUCAUAUCGAAAAAGAGUCUAACGAUGAAAAAAUGCGUCAAAUUGUUCUUGGAAUCCUCUGGAAUGUGAACUGGCAUCAAGACGAUACUAUUUCAUUGGACAAAAGCCAUAGUACAACAUUCGAUAUUAUGAUCAGUUAUUCACACAAAGAUAAACAAAUCUGUAAGCAACUGUAUGAUGAACUCAUUCGUAGUGGUUAUCGUGUCUGGAUUGAUUUUGAUCAGAUGCACGGCAAUGUUAUGGAUGCCAUGGCACAAGCCAUCGAACAAUCUCGAAUGGUUAUCAUUUGUAUGAGUGAACAGUACCGACGAAGUAAUUAUUGUCGAGCGGAAGCACAGUACGCAUUUCAACGGCAACUGAGAAUGGUGCCAGUUCUCUUACAGAAACACUAUAAACCAGAUGGGUGGCUUUCGUUUCUGAUCGGUCAGUUGCUCUACAUUGAUUUUACGAAACAUGAAUUUCCUCGAGCGAUGGAAAUGCUGAUAAAAGAACUGAGAGCGUCACAGAUAUUGGAUACGCAGAAAACGCCAAUCACUUUCAUAACUUCUUCUUCUAUUGUCUCAUCAACAAAAGAGUAUAUCUUUCCAGAAAACGUUCGAGAUUGGACACAGGCACACGUGCGUGAGUGGCUACGAGAGAAUAGUCUUUCACAAAUGACGAAUCUUCUGUCUGAUAUUGAUGGACCGUGUUUAAUUCGUUUAAGGGAAUAUGUAACAAAGUGUGAACCACAGCUCAUUUUGGCUUUACUUCAACAUGAUUCAUUUCGACGUACCAAUCAGAGUUUAUCACUGAUUGAAUGGUCCCACUUUCAUAGUUUGCUUGAACAGGAAAGAUUCCAAUCCUCGACAAAUGUCGAAUCGACGAAAGAGCGAAAAGUUUCUCGUACAAAAAAAUGGACUUUUCGCUAUUGUCGAUUGAUGUAA